AUGGACCACGGGAAAACAAAUGAAAUUGCGGCUUCACACAGCGCGCACGGAAUGAAUGAACGCGUGCAUUUCUGUGAUGGUGUUUUUCUCCCUCCGUUGGUUGUUUUUUUUUCUCUUGCGCGCGUUUUCUCUCCAUCACCCCCAAUUAGACAGAGACCCCUGCGGGCAUACGUAGAAGGACACAUCCGCGUACAUAUCUAUCUAUCUGUGUGCAUAUACAUCUACAGAGGCAAUAAGGAGACUGGGGAGGGGGGGAAACCCAUACGGCGUUCUCUCUUGUCACGUAACGAGCGAACCACCCGCUCACAAUUUGGCACGGGGCGGGGUGGGGCGCCGCUCUCUCUCAUGAAUCUGCGCCCGCAUAGACCCGGUGUCCGCAACUCCGCCCCUUUUAUUUCCGCCGCAGGUGCGUCCCAUAACUCUCAUUACCCUAAUGGUUUGCAGAACGAGGCGUCAUUUGCCUUUGCGGUGGGCGAGGACCCGCAUCACAUAUCAUCACCGUGGGCAGGUGUCACAACUGAGUUGGGGGGACGGUCCGCUUUCGUCGCGUGUCCGCCGUUCAACCGUAUUUCUCAGCCUGUUACUCCCGCGGCGCCCUUGCAACGCGCCGGUGUAAUCGCCACCGAUACCACCGCCCUUCUACGUAUGAGGACAGGGGCGACGACACCGUCAGCGGCGAAACGCUCUGGCGCAAGCCAAGGGACCGGGGACUGCGUCAUGGCGCUUAUUCAUAACCGUGCCAAUGAGGUGGGCGUGGCUCUGUGCCUGUUUUCUUCCCUGGCGGUCAUCAUCACACAGUACGGUGACAGCGUGGCCUUCGCCAAGACGCUUUCAUUUGUAUUUUCCCGCAAUCCCGUUGAGGUGCUUGUGCCGGAGACUGCGCUGGACGGGAAUUUUGUGCAGACAUUGUUGCGUCACUUUCGUCACAUCACCUUCACGGGCGUGCAGCGCGGCACCUUUGACGAGGCCCGCGGCGCGCAUCGUCUUUUUGAGCUCAUGUCAACAGACGAGGCCUGCCUGGAGGUUGGCAACACCGACCGAUAUCUUUGCGUGGCCGCUGCCAACGCCUUGGUUGAGUUUUUGGAGAUGAAUUACAACUGCACGCUUCUUCCGCACACUGUGCGUGUGCAGUACUUGGCGCUCGAAAAUUACGUGGAGGUUUCACCAAUUGCUGCGCGAGGCCUGCACCUCAUCUCCUCUGGCCCGCCACCUCGAGCCC